AUGCCUAAUCAAAACCUUCCUGCAAAUGUUGACGAACUUAUUCAGUUCAUUUCUGUGAACAGCGAUAGUUAUGAAACAGUAAUUAAACAUUUGGCCCCAAGUUUAAAACAAAUUCCACAGCCAUUCUAUUUGCAGGGUACAAGUGACAAUAAAGAUCCAUUGGAUGUUUUGGAUCAAAACUUUUGUAGCUUACCCUACACUUACUUUCUUGCCGCGCGAUGUCAAGCCGAUAGACCAAAUGUUGCGCGUUUAAUUCAACACAUUCUUUCGUUUCUGACAGUAUUUGACGCGCGUCAAGUUCGAUUGGUACCCGAUAAAUUUCUACAAGUUGCUCAAGGACUGUGUAGAUUAACUACUCUUUAUGGAAAUGGUGUCAUAGCCAUAAAACCACUUGCAAAUGCACUUCAAAGAUAUGCACCUACUCCAAAUCAUCUCACGAAUUUGCAUCAAAUGUUUAUUAAGGAAUGUUUGUUAUCAAGAUGUUAUAAGCAGGCAUUACCAAUAUUGAAGAAUGAUAUUACUGAAAUAGAUGUGCCGAGCACAGCAAUCUUCUAUACAGAUCAUUUGCUAUAUCAUUAUUAUGGCGCGAUGGUUUACAUAGGAUUAAAGAAUUACGAACGUGCUCUUUAUUUCUUAAGAUUGGUUAUUUCUGCUCCAGCGAGUGUUACAAGUCAAAUUCAAAUCGAGGCAUAUAAAAAGUUUAGUUUAGUAUCGCUUCUUUUGCAUGGAAAGAUAGCCCACCUUCCCAAAUAUACUGCUAGUGUAGUUUUCCGUUCAGUAAAAAACCAAUGUCAAGCUUAUCAAGAUUUUGCAUCUGCAUUUGAGAGCUUAAACGUAAAACGGCUGCGGAACGAAUUCGUUAAAUGGACUGACAUCUUUAGAAAGGAUAAAAAUCUUGGUUUAGCUAAACAAACUCUCAAUGCAAUUUAUCGACGAAACAUUCAACAAUUGACUCAAACUUAUCUGACAUUGUCAUUGGCCGAUAUUGCUGAUGCAGUGGGUUUAGAGGGACGAGACGCACCAAAAAUAGCCGAGAAUUAUGUCUUAAGAAUGAUCGAAUCUCGUGAGAUAUUUGCUACUAUUAGUCACUCUCAUCAAAAUGGAAUGGUAUCUUUCCACGAUAACCCUGAUCGUUAUGAUACAUCAUUAACAAUUACUCAACUUGAGGAGCAAAUAAACAAAUCUACCACUGUGAGUGAACGUGUCAUUAAAACCGAUAGGCUUGUGGGAUGUAGCAAAGAAUAUCUUACAAAGAGUCAACAUAUGCUUACUACAGGAGGCGCAAUUCCAGGCGGACUUGGUCCUGGUGAUGAUCCAGAUUUCUUGGGAGGUAGUGCUGGUUUUGAGCAUUUCAUUGAUGAUGGAAAAUACUUUAGUUAA